UAGCUCAGUCACCUCACACUGGCCUCUCUGCAAACAUGUCGAGCCUCCAGGUGCUGUGCUCCGGCCUGCCCCUACGACCGCUCCCCGAGAACCGGGGACGCUGGGCUGGAGUGCCCCAUGCUCCAGUCAGGAACCCCAGCCUCAGCCCUGAAGAGGAGCAGCUGGCACUCAGGAAUGCCCUGCGCUACUUCCCACCAGAUGUCCAGAAGUUGUUGGCCCCAGAAUUUGCCCAGGAGCUUCGACAGUUCGGGCACAUCUACAUGUACCGGUUCUGCCCCAGCAUUGAGAUGAGGGCCUACCCAAUCCAUCAGUACCCAUGCCAGACACAAGCAGCCGCAGCCAUCAUGCAUAUGAUCAUGAACAACCUGGACCCUGCUGUGGCCCAGUUUCCACAGGAGCUGGUGACUUAUGGAGGCAAUGGGCAGGUGUUCAGCAACUGGGCUCAGUUCUGGCUGACCAUGUCUUACCUGUCGAAGAUGACUGAGGAACAGACUCUGGUCAUGUACAGUGGACACCCACUAGGUCUCUUCCCUAGCAGCCCUGCAGCCCCGAGGCUGGUCAUUACCAAUGGAAUGGUCAUUCCCAACUAUUCCUCCAGGACAGAGUAUGAGAAACUGUUCGCCUUGGGUGUAACCAUGUACGGCCAGAUGACAGCAGGCAGCUACUGCUACAUUGGUCCCCAGGGAAUUGUCCAUGGCACAGUGCUCACUGUGCUGAAUGCUGGCCGGCGGUACCUGGGCGUUGAGAACUUGGCAGGGAAAGUCUUCGUCACCUCUGGACUUGGUGGGAUGAGUGGGGCUCAAGCCAAGGCUGCAGCCAUUGUUGGGUGCAUCGGGGUGAUAGCAGAGGUUGACAAAGCUGCACUUGCAAAACGCCAUCAGCAAGGCUGGCUGAUGGAGGUGACUGACAGCUUGGACCACUGCAUUGCAAGACUCAGGGAGGCACGGAAAAGGAAGGAGGUGCUCAGCCUCGGUUACCAUGGCAAUGUGGUGGAUCUUUGGGAGCGCCUGGUCCAUGAACUGGACACCACAGGGGAGCUCUUGGUGGAUCUUGGGUCAGACCAGACAUCCUGCCACAACCCAUUCAAUGGCGGCUACUACCCUGUACAGCUCAGCUUCUCAGAGGCCCAGAGCCUCAUGGCCUCCAACCCAGAAGCCUUCAAGCACCUGGUACAGGAAAGCCUGAGGAGGCAUGUCUCGGCCAUCAACAGAUUGGCCCAGGAGAAGUUCUUCUUUUGGGACUAUGGUAACGCCUUCCUCUUAGAGGCAAAGAGAGCAGGAGCGGACGUGGAGAAGAAAGGAGCCAACAAGACAGAGUUCCGCUACCCCUCCUAUGUCCAGCACAUUAUGGGGGACAUAUUCUCACAGGGGUUUGGGCCCUUCCGCUGGGUAUGCACGUCGGGGGACCCCCAGGACCUGGCUACCACAGACCAGCUGGCCACAUCUGUGCUGGAGAAGGCCAUUGCAGACCAAGUGAAGGCCUCUGUGAGGCUGCAGUAUGCAGACAACAUCCGCUGGAUCCAGGAGGCUGCCAAGCACCAGCUGGUGGUAGGCUCCCAGGCGAGGAUCCUGUACUCAGACCAGAGGGGUCGUGUGGCCAUUGCCAUGGCCAUUAACCAGGCCAUUGCCAGUGGGAAGAUCAAGGCACCUGUGGUCCUGAGCCGCGACCACCAUGAUGUGAGUGGAACUGACAGCCCCUUUAGGGAGACUUCCAAUAUUUACGAUGGCUCUGCCUUCUGUGCAGACAUGGCUGUGCAGAACUUCGUGGGAGAUGCCUGUCGUGGAGCUACCUGGGUUGCCCUUCACAAUGGAGGUGGUGUAGGCUGGGGCGAGGUGAUCAACGGGGGAUUUGGCCUCGUGUUAGAUGGGACACCAGAGGCGGAGCGGAAAGCCAAGAUGAUGCUCAGCUGGGAUGUCUCCAAUGGUGUGGCACGGCGUUGCUGGUCUGGGAACCCCAAGGCCUAUGAAAUCAUCUGCCAGACAAUGCAGGAGGAUAGUAGCCUGGUGGUGACACUUCCCCAUGAGGUGGCAGAAGAAUGUGUGCUACAGCAGGCCCUGCAGUCCUGAGAGGGCCAGGGUCUUCUCUACCCCCUUCUUCCUUCUCCCCCACCUUCCAGCCCAGUGCUCUCUCAUCCCCACUGCACCCCCACAUGGCAUUCCCAGUGGGUCCUCUCCACAAGGCUCCUGCACUGGGAGCCACAGAAGCCCAGAGAGGUGAAGCUGCUUGCUUCUGACCACACACUGGACUGGGAGCCUUGGAAGGGCAGGGCAGGUUCAGGGGGCAAAUCCUUAAGUCUGUGUGGAGUGGACUCCAGCUUGGGUGGAAAGGAACAUCAAAUGCUGGCCAAGCUGGCAUCAGCCUUCCAAGGAUCUCUUUGACCCAUCUCAUCCCAUUGCUUGGCCUCCUUCCACAGUUGUCCCCACACUGCUCCUCUGGCUAUCAGCUCAUCUGUAGUACUUCCUAGUCAUCAGAGUUCCAGGCAUGGGUAUGCAAAGGAUCUACCUCGGGCCCUUGCUGUGGAGGAGUCCAGGGAGGAGAGUACAGGAAAUAAAGGAUGAAGCAGAGGCAAGAAUAGGAAUUCAUCCCUGGCCUGGUGGGAGUGAACAGCACAGUGCCUCAGGCAAGGUGGUCAGGUGCCUGGACAUGAGGAGAGAAGAGAGUGCUUUCCUGGCCAGCCAUGCGAGCCUGAAAACCAGAACAAGCCAUCUCCCAAGGUCUUCAGAAGCAUGUUUGGGGCUGGUGUCCUACAGGAGCUGCACUGACCUGAGGCUGGGGCCCUGCAACCCAGCUAGGUUUGCACUGAGCCCCUGCCCUGGUCCAGAGUGAGUAAAAGAAUAUUGGAUAGCCAUGCUUCCCCAGGCCUUUACCUUGAAGACGUCACUACUUUUACUCACACCCCUUCCCUUUCAGGGCCCCUGCCACUUCCCUGACCCUGUUGCCCCAGGCCCCUUCAACUUUCACCCAGGCCUGCCCUCUGGCCCACCACAGGCCUGUUGUUUCCUGAGCUGAGCCAGGGCUAAGAGGAAAACACAAAGGUAGACGAGAGAAGAGGGGGAGAAAGACACCUGACAGCCUAGCUCCAGAGAAGGCUAUGCUGCUCUGGGGUGUCUGCCCUGCUUGGUUCACACUGGAGUGGGACCAAGUAGAAUUCUUUGUCGUCUGCAGAGCAGGUGCCAUAGGGAUGGCAUGAAGGGUCCACCAGUGACGCCCUAUCCAGAACACACUAGAACCCCUGCUGUGGGAGCAGGCCUGAGAGACUGGGGUGAGGAAGAGUCCUACUUCCCUGUCCCGAGUAACCACUGAUCUUUCCUUUGCAGUUAAUUAGACUUAAGGAGACACUGAGCCUCUAGAAAAAUUUAAGUCUGAUACAAAUAGAAAAGGACACUUUAGGUCCUUGAUAUUACCAUAAUCAAAUACCCAAGGCAAUUAGCAGUAAAAGAAAAAAGGUUUAUUUUCCCUCACCUGUCCCACCUCCUCCCAAUACACUUUCAGAUAAGCCUUUACACAAGGGCUGAGCUGUAGCACAAAUCAAAACCUGCUUCCUGGAAUCUUGGUCUGUGUUUCUUGCAUAAAAUAUGAAUUUUCUUAAAUCAAGAAGUAGUUGUGAGGCCAGACAUCCUCAGUGAGAGGCCAAAGCCUCUGAGCCUCAAUUUCCAACUCUGUCUAGCAGAGCCACCAUAUCCUAUUCUCUACAGAGAGAUGACCUUGUUUUUGUUUUUUGUUUUUGUUUUUUUAAAUUCUCAAUCGCAGUACCACAGCAGGGAGUCAAACAGGGGCUGGCAUUGCAUGGGCCCCCUCAGCAUCCCUACCACCUCAUGCACCGUCCAUAUUUGGAGCUCCAGUCCUUCCCCACUCUGUGACCCUCACUGUGAAGGGCAUAAGUGGCCAACUGCCAACACAAGCUGCCGGCUCUUGUUUUCUACCAGAAUCCCCACAUGGCAUAUCCAGUAUGGAUGGGGCUAGUGUGACUGGGAAACUGAAUUCUAAAUUUUGGCAUUUUAAUUCAUUUAAAGUAAAUUUAAUCAUAUUUCAUAAGUAUACCUGAAGUACAAUGAGAAUUACAAUUAAAUAUCUGGUUUAGGCAGAA